AUGUCUAACCCAUUAACGCAAACUAGUAUUACACUUCAACAAGCUGUCUUACCUAUCAUUAUCGUUUUUGGUAUUAUAGGUAAUUCACUUAACGUAGUCGUUCUUACUCGACGCAGUUUAUUCUAUCAUGCAUGUUCCCGAUACUUUCUUGCUCUAUCGGGAAAUAAUCUAUUUUAUUCGGGCGUUGUCUGUAUUAUCAGUUUAUUGAAAAAUGGUUAUCAAAUCGACGUGUCUCGAUAUUCUAUUGUCUUUUGCAAAACUUACACGUUUAUCAGCACUUUAUGCUGCUUUCUUUCACCUUAUAUCAUUGUGUUAGCUUCACUCGACCGUUGCUGUGCAAGUUCAUCGCACGCCAAAAUACGUAACUUUACCAGUAUUCGAAUGGCUCAUUGCAUGAUAUGCAUGGUCAUCAUUGUCUUUGCUUUACUCUUUAUCAAUGUUGUCUUCAUGGCUGAUAUCAAUGCGAGCACUGGAUAUUUGUGCAUGUCACAAGCGGUAACCACCUAUUAUCAAGUAUAUAUCAUUACACAAGUUAUGCUCUUUGCUGUCGUUCCACCGUGUUUAAUGGUAUCUUUUGGUUUAAUUACAAUCAGGCAUACGAAGCGCUCACGAGUUUCUCCAAUGUUGGUGUCACGUUUUCAUCGCACGGAACGUCAGCUUGCCCGCAUGCUCUUUUUUCAAGUCGGCACACACAUCGUAUUGACUAUCCCAACGUCUGUCACCUUCCUCAUCGCUACUUUACCUAACUCUGUUCGUACCACACUUCUCUUUUCCUUCGUUUCUAGCAUUAAUCAACUUCUUUUCGGAAUUUCUUUCGUCACACCUUUCUUUACCUACAUUCUCUCUAGUCGCGUCUACAGAAGACAAUUAAUUCACAUCCUUCGUAGUACACAUCACCGCCGUAGUGAACCUCCGAGGGAAGGAACAGCUGUAUCAAUGACUUAG